AACAAGGCAAACAUAUAAUUCAUCUCUCAUGAGAGUUUCUCUUCCAGGGCUUUGUCUGGGCAAUGAAGAUGAGAAAAACAAUGGUAAGUUGUCUCCCCCUUAGACUCUGUACCUGCGCCCCAAGUUUCAUGACCUUUUCCCUUUCAUCCUCUGGCUUCUAGGAGGGUUUUGGUGGUCACCAAGAUGAAGAGUCAGACUAACGCCAAAUUCUUUCCAGAGAAAUUUUCCAAAUCCCUCCUCCAUGCCUUGCCCAGCUCAGAGGUUGAACACAGCAGCAACGUGACCCUCAAGUGCCAGUCUGACGCCCAGAAUGUGACAUUCAUGCUGGGGAAGUUGCAGGACCCUGGGUACAAGCAAGAAUGCAACUCAACAGGACAGGCUACUAAAUUCCUCCUCACUGACCUGAAGCCUAAAGACACUGGACAGUACUUUUGUACCUGCGAGACAGUGGCUGCAGAGAAAUGGGAACUCAGUGUGAGAAUAAGGCUCUUAUCAGGGAUUCUGCGUGGGUCUCAAGGAUGUGAACGUGGCCCGCCAGACACCAAAGUCAUCUUUGUGGCCACCUUCAGCUGCCUCUGUCUCUUCCUCCUCUUCAUCGCCAUCUUCUUCAUCUACAGAUGCGCCGAGCGUGAACCAGCCAUUCCAGAUUUCCCAAGCAGGGAGCUGCAGGUGUAUCCAAACUGGAAAGAAUAUCUGAAUCGCGGAUUUGGCAUGUCAGCUCUACAUGCACGUCUCUUUUCCUCAAAGCCUGAAGAAUCCCAGCGAGUGACCUAUGUCCAGCUAAACACCAACGCACUGUCUGAGGCAGCUUCUGUCCCCACCGAGGAGCCCCCAGGGUCGUGUGACUACGCAACACUGAAGGUACAGAACUGAAGGAAGAGCUUCUUCCCUGGGGAGGAGAGUACGGAUUAAGAUGACGGAACUUCUGAAAGCCCAGGUGACUCUGUGUCUUCGGUUCAUCAUCCAU